AUGGAGAUCACCAAUGUCAGUGAGUAUGAGGCUAUUGCAAAGCAGAAAUUGCCAAAGAUGGUGUUUGACUACUACGCAUCUGGUGCAGAGGACCAGUGGACUCUGCAAGAGAACAGAAAUGCCUUUACCAGAAUUUUGUUUCGGCCUCGUAUUCUUAUUGAUGUGAGUAAGAUAGACAUGACAACUACUGUCCUGGGCUUCAAAAUAUCCAUGCCAAUCAUGAUUGCCCCAACAGCCAUGCAGAAAAUGGCUCAUCCUGAGGGAGAAUAUGCCACAGCAAGAGCUGCCUCUGCUGCUGGAACAAUCAUGACUUUGUCCUCAUGGGCCACUUCAAGUGUUGAAGAGGUGGCUUCUACUGGACCUGGCAUUCGCUUUUUCCAGCUAUAUGUGUACAGGGACAGGAAUGUGGUUGCUCAGCUUGUGAGAAGAGCGGAAAGGGCUGGAUUCAAGGCCAUUGCCCUCACAGUUGAUACCCCAAUACUAGGACGCAGAGAGGCUGAUAUCAAGAACAGAUUCACACUGCCACCAUUUUUGACAUUGAAGAACUUCGAAGGAUUGGACCUUGGAAAGAUGGACAAAGCUAAUGACUCUGGACUUGCUUCAUAUGUUGCUGGUCAAAUUGAUCGCACACUAAGCUGGAAGGAUGUGAAGUGGCUUCAAACAAUCACCUCACUGCCAAUUCUGGUGAAGGGUGUGCUGACUGCUGAGGAUGCAAGGAUAGCUGUACAAAGUGGUGCAGCUGGAAUAAUAGUAUCCAACCAUGGAGCUAGACAACUUGACUAUGUUCCAGCCACCAUAUCAGCCUUAGAAGAGGUUGUCAAAGCUGCUGAAGGUCGUAUUCCUGUAUUUUUGGAUGGUGGAGUUCGCCGUGGAACUGAUGUCUUCAAAGCAUUGGCACUAGGUGCCUCUGGCAUAUUUAUUGGACGCCCUGUGGUGUUCUCCUUGGCUGCUGACGGAGAAGCUGGUGUAAGAAAAGUGUUGCAGAUGCUACGUGAAGAGUUUGAGCUAACCAUGGCCUUGAGUGGUUGUCGUUCACUGAAGGAAAUCACUCGUGAUCACAUUGUGACUGAUUGGGACCACCCUCGCAUUCAACCCCGUACCCGUGCGUUGUUGUGA